ACCCUCCUAGUCGGGAAAAAAAUAAAUAACCAUCGAGUUGGUGAAGGGAAAAGCGAGAAAAAUAUUGUUUAUAAAUUAGAUUAACGUUAGUUUUGUACGCGUCGAGUAGCUUUGGAUACGAGCUUGUUUGUUUUCUCGGAAACAUGGGAAACUGCCACACCGUCGGACCGAACGAGGCCCUGGUGGUUUCAGGUGGCUGCUGCGGCUCCGAUCAGAAGUCAUAUGUCGUGGGAGGCUGGUCUUGGGCCUGGUGGCUCAUUUCUGAUAUCCAGCGAAUGUCUCUGGAGGUUAUGACCAUCCUCUGUCGCUGCGAGAAUAUCGAAACGUCGGAGGGUGUUCCCCUGGAUGUGACAGGGGUGGCUCAGGUAAAGGUGAUGACAGAAAUCGAGCUGCUGGGUUACGCCUGCGAGCAGUUCCUGGGGAAGUCGGUCGUGGAAAUCAAGAGCGUCAUCCUGCAGACCCUUGAGGGUCACCUGCGCUCCAUCCUCGGCACCCUGACCGUCGAGCAGAUUUACCAAGAUCGAGACCGAUUCGCCACUCUGGUGCGAGAGGUGGCGUCACCCGAUGUGGGCCGCAUGGGCAUCGAGAUCCUCAGCUUCACCAUCAAGGAUCUGUAUGAUAAAGUGGAUUACCUGAACUCGCUGGGCAAAGCUCAGACAGCCGCAGUACAGAGGGACGCAGACAUCGGCGUGGCGGAGGCAGAGCGGGACGCUGGCAUCAGGGAAGCUGAGUGUAAAAGAGAAAUGAUGGACGUCAAGUUCUUAGCUGACACAAAAAUGGCCGACUCCAAGCGAGAGCUGGAAAUGCAAAAAGCGUCCUUUAACCAGGAAGUGAACACCAAGAAAGCAGAGGCUCAGCUGGCGUACGAACUGCAGGCGGCCAAAGAGCAGCAGAAGAUCCGUCUGGAGGAGAUUGAGAUCGAGGUGGUGCAGAGGAAGAAGCAGAUCACCAUUGAGGAGAAGGAGAUCGACCGCACUGAAAAGGAGCUCGUCGCCACCGUGAAGAGACCUGCCGAGGCGGAAGCCUACAAGAUGCAGCAGCUGGCUGAGGGAAUGAAGACAAAGACGGUGCUGAUGGCGCAGGCAGGGGCCGACAAGAUCCGCCUCAUCGGUGAGGCCGAGGCCUUCUCUAUUGAAGCGGUGGGCAAGGCGGAGGCCGAGAGGAUGAAGCUGAAAGCUGAAGCCUACCAGCUGUACGGCGAGGCGGCCAAGACGGCUCUGGUGCUCGAGGCUCUGCCCCUGAUUGCCGAAAAGGUGGCUGCACCCCUGUCCAGGACCAGUGAAAUUGUCAUCCUGAGUGGAGAUGGCAGCCGUGUGACCGGAGAGGUGAACCGUCUACUAGCUGAACUCCCCGUGUCCAUCAACGCCAUCACCGGAGUGGAUCUGACUAAGCUCCCUCUGUUCCAGAAGUUGAUGAGCCCACAGUGCCAAACAGCCAUCUGAAGAAUCAGGCCAGAGACUCGUUGCUCUAAAUCCUUCAACAUUUAUCUGCCUCGAGCAUGAUUUAUUAUUUUGGAGGAGUCGGCCUCUGACCCCUUAUGCAACUGCCUUUGACCAGAAACACUUGACAUCUACCAAGAAGUUUAAAAAAAAUAUAUUUCUAAGAGGUUGCUAUAUUUUCUAAAGGAGAUAACAAUAAUUUUGGGCCUUAACUUCCAAAGGACCCGACUCUAUGUAUCUUCUGUUGCUUUUAGUUCUAGACACAUUGAUCUUUGUCACACUGCACUAGUUAUCCAGGAGUUCUGCCCGUUGCCAUCCAAAGCAGACUUGGGUGUUUUUGAGAGACAAAAGUCUGAGUUGGCCCACUUUGAAUGGGGGUGGCUUUAAACAUUAUUUUUAGAAGGACAAACAAAACCCACUGUAGAUGGAACACAUUAAGACCAAAUCUGAUGAUUGUUCUCUUCUGCAGAAUUGCUUAAGUCUCUGCCUAAAGUCUGGAGUCAGGCAUGUCUCCACCUCGAGCCCCUCAUCCUCACAGUCAGAGCCCGGUUAGUGAAGCAACUCGCAGGAGACUGAGCCCCCCGGUGUGGAUGGUACCGCUUUCCUUUCCUCUUUGCUUUUGAAAACUCUUUGUAUCUUAGAUUAGUCCUCUCUAACUCAGAAACCGUGAUUGAUUACCAAACCGCUGUUCCUCUUAACGCCCUGGAUCUUCACCCACUGUGAUUGGAGAAUUGUGCGGCGUAUUACAAUACCGGGAACAUAAGAAUCCCUUGUAUGAGCGUUCUUACCUCGCGGUGCAGCGUCAUGUCCUCUUCUCAUCCUGAUGUGCAGUGCCUGUUCACCACUCAAGUGCCCAAACCGUCGGACAGUGGUUUGGUUUUAGUUGGAUUUAUGUGCGAGUAUGUCACUGUGUUUAUAGAUGGAAGACGUUUUAAUAUUGCUCCCUGUUCUCAUGACAUCUGCUUCUACUAACAGUGUUUACGCCUCACUUUUGUCCCGUGUUUAGACACAUAGGCAGAUACACACGCAUAAGACCAAGCCAUACUUAGAUUAGCCUUAAAAGAUAACCCUGGACGCCUGCCGAGGCUCACCAAACUUUUCUUUUGAACUCAAAGCAACACAUGGAAGACGUUCAGGGUCUGAGCUUUAGUUUCGUUGUUCAAGCUCAGAUGUGGUUACGGGUUUUCUCCAGCACGGUUUGAAAUGCUCACUUUUGCAUAUUUUGUAACCUUUUUAAGGGUUGAGCAUCGCCACCGCGUCGCUUAUCUGAACCACGCCCAACCUGUGAAUCCCACGUUGGGUUCAGGCGGUCCACACCUGGUUCAGGUGGAGGAUGAGCACGUGAUCAGGUUGUGAACACGCGCUGCGUGGCGUUUAUGCUUGAGAGUUCUUCAGUUUGGUAAAUGUAAGCCCGGGCAGUUGGAGCGUUCACUUUCUCCUGCCGCAACAUGUGAAGCACCAAAUCUUUCUCAAGCUUUACCUACAGGUCAAUUAAAUCCACUGCACACAUUCUGUUACAAUCAUUUAAAUGUCUAAAGCCAGGUGGCAAAUGUGAUGUUUCAGUAUCACGUCCUCUCUCGUGCCAGUGUGCACCCGGCGUCAACCACCAGGUGGCGCCAUCGCCGCAGAAUCUGAAUAUGUAUGAGUUACUCUUCAACAUGAAUGAGCCAUUUGUUGUCAGGAAUUCCAACAUUUUAAUUUCAUAUCACACUUUUGCCACAUUGUGCAACCGGCUUGCAAGGGAAGUGGGGCUGCCUUUUUUUCCCCAUUUUGUGUUUUGCCUUCUGGGUUAUUCGUGAAUCGGCAUUAACCACUUUUACAGUUUUUUAAUGUGUUUUAAUUUUGCCACUGACAAAGUUAUUUCUGUAGUUUUCUUUACCUUCUGUGAAUUAACAUUACGGCUCACGGCUUGUUGGAUAUUUUAUAAUUCCCUCCAAGUGCAAAUUCUGCAACUCAAAUUGCUGCAGAGACGAUAAUAUUAUUAAAGUGUAGACGUGCAAUUCUCCUGACGGUCAAUUGAAGUGGGUCAGUAUUUUUUAAACAAGUGGUUCGCAGCAUUUAAUAUCGGCCGUCAUGCCAAGAUUGCCGCGGUCUCGUUUUCUAAGCUGUGAGAAGUCACAGCAGCCGGCAGUCGACACUUCAGCGUGGUCUUUUAGAGAUGGAGACAAACGUCAUCUUUAAGUCUUCUGUGCGACAGAUGGAGGACGGUUGUCCUCGCCGUAAGGCCAGAACCGGAAAUGUAAAACUACCCACUCGCUGUCGAGUCUCCAUACAUUUAAGAGGAGAAAUCGAGCAGUUGCAGAAUCAUCUGACAGUUUAAAUUGCGGCCACUCCCAUUAUAUUCUUCUUCUUUUUCUUUCAUAUCUGAGAAUAAUCAACUGUGAGUGUUUGUUUCCAGACUGGCGUGAGGUUCAAUCAUCUAAAUAGUAUGGUUCAAAACUUUGUAAUGCUCCUUUUUAGUUCAAAAGGUAGAUUUUGUUUUUGUACCCAGUGCCUUUUGUUAGACAAUGAAGAGUUUGUUCAUAAUUCAAAUGCACCGUUUGUUGAGGAUCCAAGCAUAGAUUUAGUGUAAAACAAAAACUGGCUUAUAGAAUCUUAUAUAUCUGAAAGUGUUCAUCUGUCCGUUUUUUAUUCUAAUGUACCAAGGAACUGCCAUAUAUAUUAGUUAAAUGAUGAAUAUAAAUGUAGCAUUUAAAAGCUUCUCCUUUGUAAUCUGGACCUCUCAAAGUGUUUUCAUUUAUUUGGCCAUUAUAUUUUUGUGCCAAAAGUACAAUAUCUUGAUUUGUCUAACAAGAAUAGAGGCAACUUUCUGUUGCUCAACGUGAAAUGUUGGAGGAGAACGUGAUUAAAGACCAAACACCAGACAGACCUACGCCUUAACUCUCGUCUUCACCUGAAACAUGUCCAUCUGUCACGGAAAAUAACCUGUAAUCUCUAUGAAAGUGAUAUCGUGGAUUCAUCUUGUGGCUUCUCAUGUUACACGGACCUUUGGGAAACUGGUCGUGUGGCAUUUCAAGCGUGUCUUCCUUUUGUUCUGUGUUGUGUGCCGCCCUAUAAUAAACAUUAUACCACUA